AAGGCGGGCUGUACGAGUAGCGGCAGGUGCCAAAAAGGCAGGAAGCGCAAAGCGGAAGCCGACUUCCGGCCCCGGAAGCCGGAAGUGGCUGCGGCGCCUGCGCGCAGGGAGCUCUCUUCGUCCGUCGGGGUUGGUCUGAGGAAGGGCUGAAGCGUCGCCGCUGCCCGCCGCAGCCCCGAGAAGCGGAGCGGCGCCACGGCCAGGGGUGGCGGCCUCCGCUGCUGCUCCCCCGGCCUGCUGCUCCCGCUCCCCGGCCAUGAGCGUGGCGGCGCUGGUGCCCGCCGCCCUGCCCGCCCCGGGGCCGCCUCCGCCCCCGCCGCCCCCCGCCGCGCUGCCCCCCGGGACGGCUCCCGCCGCCGCCGCCGCCAUCGCGGCCGAGAGCUUCGAGGAGGAGGAAGAGGAGGAGGAGGAGCAGCCGCAGCAGCCCCCGCCGCCGCCGCCGCAGCCGGAGAGCCCCGCCGACCAGGAGGAUGGCGAGCGCGGGGCGGCGGCGGCGGUGCCGGGGGGCGGGGGCGGCGGUGUCCGCCCGCGGGACUCCGACGAGGAUACCGAAGAUGCUAGUGAAACGGAUCUGGCGAAGCACGACGAAGAGGAUUACGUGGAAAUGAAGGAGCAGAUGUAUCAGGAUAAAUUGGCAUCUCUUAAGAGACAACUACAGCAACUGCAAGAAGGCACAUUGCAAGAGUAUCAGAAAAGGAUGAAGAAGCUGGAUCAGCAAUACAAGGAGAGGAUACGCAACGCAGAACUUUUCCUCCAGUUGGAAACAGAGCAGGUAGAAAGAAACUACAUCAAGGAGAAGAAAGCAGCUGUGAAGGAAUUUGAAGAUAAAAAAAUUGAGCUGAAGGAGAACUUGAUAGCUGAAUUGGAAGAGAAGAAGAAGAUGAUAGAGAGUGAAAAGCUAACCAUGGAGCUAACAGGAGAUUCCAUGGAGGUGAAGCCCAUCAUGACCAGGAAGCUGAGGCGACGGCCCAACGACCCCGUCCCCAUCCCGGACAAGAGGAGGAAGCCAGCCCCAGAUAUCCUUUUAGCCGCAAGGGGAGCUGCUGGAGUCGGUGGCCGGGGCGCGAGCUCUCGGCUGCUCCUGCCGUCUUGCUGGGCCAGCGGCUUCGCUUCCGGGCCGGUGUUCCAGACCUUAAAACAUGAACAGAUCAUGGAGGAUCUACGGACACUGAAUAAGCUUAAAUCCCCUAAAAGGCCAGCAUCUCCUUCAUCACCAGAACACCAGCCGGCUACACCCGCCGAUUGCCCUGCUCAGCGCUUUGAGGCCAGGAUAGAAGAUGGCAAGCUCUACUAUGACAAAAGAUGGUACCACAAGAGCCAGGCGAUCUACCUGGAAUCGAAAGAGAACACCAAGAUCAGCUGUGUGAUCAGCUCCGUGGGAGCCAAUGAGAUCUGGGUGAGGAAAACCAGCGACAGCACAAAAAUGAGGAUCUACCUUGGCCAGCUCCAGCGAGGGGCGUUUGUGAUCCGCCGGCGGUCAGCUGCGUGACUCUCCAGGCAGGCUGCCCUGCGGUGGUGACGACGUUCUAAAGGACAGCCGGCUCUCCUGGAGCUCUGCGGCUGCUUCUCCUCCAGGGCUUCCUCCGCAGAAGACUCUUGCUCCUCCUCUCCGGAAGCCGCCUCUUUGCUGCCCGGGUCGCACCCGCUGCCCUCGUCUCUCUCAUGAGCCCAAGCAGGGCCCCGGAGCGUGGCCUCAGGCUUUAGUUUAGCUUUCUUGUUUCCAAAGACUACUUCGGGGGAAUGUCCACCCGUGUCCUCCCUCUCGCCCUUCUUGUAUCGCAGAGAGAGUCCUGGCAGUGCCUGGACCUCUGCAUGGAACAGCUCCGGCUCCGUAGGCUCAAGGCCUGGUGGGGAGAGGAAGGACCCGCCUGCCCUGAGUGAGCGGGAAGGGCACCCUGCUGCCGUGGACGACUGCGCUUGCCCCAGGAGGAGGCAUGCAGGGAAGCGGAGAUCCUGAGAUGCCCGUCGAGGAAGAGUGGCCAAGGGGUCUGGCGUGGCUACUCCACAGCCACUUGGAGAGCUUGGCCUUGGUAGCCGCAGCGGGCAGGGCAGGGGAUCGUGGGCGUUUCCUAUGGAGGGUGAAUUUGGGGUGGGGGGUGGUCUCUGCAAGCAGUACUGCACAAACUGCUGGGGUCUGCCGUGCAUUGGCAGGCAAGCUCCUUGUCUGUCUUGGUCAGUGGGAGGUCUUUGGGGAGAGGCUCCCCGCAAAAUAGUGUGUGCCUUGUGAGGCCUUGGACUUUGUGGGUGGGAAGGCGAGCAGAGACGCCCAGAUGUAAUGCCGGGGGUGAUGGUGUUGCAUGGAAUCUCCGUGCUGAUCUUCAACAAGUGCUGUAUGUUUUUUUAAAGUAACCUGAUGGCAGCGCUGAAAUGGCUUCCAAAAUAUUUUUUACCUCCAGAA